AAUCCGGCGUUACCUGUGCUGAGCGUGUCGUCAAACAGGUGUGCGCAUCACUGGCCCCGCCUGUUAUUCUGACGUCAAAUAACGAGUGUAAAAUGCGGAAGCGCUACGUGGAUAAUCAUUUAUGUCCACUUUAUACGCCAUUCGCUAAUUAUUUAACAAGAUUCUCCGGCCCUUUUUUGGAAAAUCGAAACAAACCAGCCAAGGAAAUGCAACAGCUGCUUUUGUAUUUUAAAGGAAGCAUGUGUCACUAAGCUUGCAUCUGAAACACAAUUGAAACUUGCUGCCUGCUGCCAGAGAUCCAAAACCACAGCUUAACAAAGACAACUAAAGUUAGGUCUGGCGUGAGGCUGGUGCUUGCUCCAACAAUCCCUGUUGAUCCUGUUAAAGUUUGAAAAAGACUGAUGUAGAAAGGACUUUCUGGUUGUUUAUUGUAUUCAUCUGAAUACCUGGAUAAUAACAGGAGUAGUUUUAUGUAAUGGGUGAGUGUGUGUUGGAUAGCUAUGGUGAAGAUGAUUUUCAGAGUUCUGAGGGAUUUGACGAGGAUUGGUCCACCUUUAGCUCUGCAGACUGGGCAGAGCCUCGACAGGACAACAACAGGUCAGACUGGGCUGAAUUCCAGGACAAUACCAGGAAAGAGGAAGAAUUAUCUUCCAUACCUGUUGUAGAAACAGGAACUUCAGAGCUUCCCGAAGAAACGGAAAAUGGGAACCAGGCAAAUGUCCAGUUUGUUUUUCGUGAGUCUUUUCAUGAUGGUGAGGCAGAAAAAGAAUCUCUCAGGAUGGAAAUCCCUACACUGUUCCAGCUACUGCACAGCAAAACAGAUCUGCCCUCUCAGCCUGUAGAAAUAUCAAGUGAAGCUGCAAAUUUCUGGUGUCAUCUACAGUCAGAUGUUCUCAGACUGUCAGGCAUUAGACCCAAAUUACACUGCAGGGAAAAACUCCUGAAAACACUCCAGCUCAGACAACCUGACACAGACACUUCCUCACAGAGCUCAAUUCUUUCUGAUCUUAAACUAGAAGAUCCUGAAGACCUUCCUGUAGCACUUAUUCAAACCAAGCUGCUACCACCAUCAAACUGUCGAAAUGCACCAGGAUUCUUCUAUCAGAUCUCACAGCAGUGGCUCGGCCAGCACAGAUGGAACCAGGAAAACCCGCUACAAUAACUCACAAUCACAUUUACACAUCACACUAUUUCCAAAGACUAAAAAAAAGAAUAGUUUACCCAAAUCUGUCACAAUCAUUUGGUUAAUCUCAAUGACGUUCCACUUGCGUCAUACAUUGUCGAAUAAGAAGUCAGAAAAUGAUCCCUAGCUGUCACUGGGGCAGUACCCUUACAAAAAGUACACAUUUGCAUCAAGAGUGCAUAUCUGUACCUAAAUGAAAUAUAUUCUGACCUUUUUAAAGGGUGCUGCUCCAGUGACGGCUUGGACCAUUUUUUGACAUUUUUUCUGACAGUGCAGGUGUUGUAUUUAAUUUGAGAGCUACAUUUGAAUGAAAAUUAUCCUCACACUUCAGUUAACUUGGACUACAUGCAGAUGUCAUGUUAUCCCUUUGCGUUACAUUGAAAAACCAGUGAGAGUGAAUAAUGACAUUUUUGGAUGAACUAUUUCUUUAAAUGCAGUCAACAUUAUAUGCACACUGCUAAAACGCGUACAAACAGUAUAAACAAACACAAGCAAGGUCUUCUGACAGAAACCCUGUCAUACACGACUCCAGGAAGAGCCUGUUACAAAGAGUGCGGCACAAAAGCACGAAGACGUACCUCUAUGCACAAUAGGUCAGGAAGGAAUUCCUUACAUGAAGUAAACGCAUUGCACAAGCUAUUAUAAAUAGCCCAUGGACUAUAGAACGUGCGCCUUACAACAAAAUACUGUAUGCUCUUAAAAAGAGGAAACGAACAAUGAUUUAUAUAUUUUGCUGCCUUAGAAGACUAUGAAUGCUAUUUUAUUACAUGUGCACUGCCAUCUAAAAUGUUUUACUUUUUGAUGUUUUUAUAUGAGUAAUAUUUAAACUGGAAUAUAUACUGUAUGUAUUAUAUUAUUAAAUAAUAAAUAACUAAUAAUUAAAAGACAGAACAACAAAAUGGAAAAAGUUUUAAUAAAAAACAACAUUUUAAAUGAUAUUCUGUGU